AGCAACAUGCCUAUGGAAAACAGCCCCCACCACUUUGACACUCCACUUCAUGAUUACAAUCAAGAAAGAUGGUUGGUUGACACAAGCUAGAAAUCUCCCCACAAAAAAUAGUCUUGAAUAUUUUUAAAUUAAAAAUCUUACUUUUUGGGUUUUCUUAAAGAUUCAAACUUUCAGAAGUGGCUUAAAUCCUUUUAUCUUUUCUUAUAAUGGGCUGUUUUUCUUGUUUAUGUCAUUAGUAAUCUUGUUUUUUAGUUUUUAUUUUAAGUGUAUUAUGGGUAGCUGCUGGUGUAAGUGGAAACCAUCCAUAUACAGAGUUUCAUCUAACACAAAAUCAGAGUUGACCAAGGAUGAAACUUCAAUGGCUAGAAGAAAGGAAGAAGAAAAUAAGCUGCCAUCAAAUCCUGAAGAAGUAGAAGACUUUCGUCGUAGUUCUGCUAUUAAUCCAUUAAUUGUGUUUACAUUUGAUGAACUAAGAAAAAUCACUGGAAAUUUUAGACAAGAUCACAUGCUAGGUGGAGGUGGAUUUGGUAGUGUUUACAAAGGGUUCCUUUAUGAUGAUGAUAUGAAAGAGAGGGUUCCGCCUGUUCCAGUAGCCGUUAAAGUUCACGAUGGGGAUAAUAGUUAUCAAGGCCAUAGAGAAUGGCUGGCCGAGGUCAUAUUUUUGGGGCAGCUUUCGCAUCCAAACUUAGUGAAACUGAUUGGCUACUGCUGUGAAAAUGAACACAGAGUUCUCAUAUACGAGUACAUGGCACGUGGAAGUGUCGAGAACAAUCUGUUUUCAAGGGUGUUACUUCCUCUUCCAUGGUCAAUUAGAAUGAAGAUUGCUUUUGGUGCAGCAAAAGGACUUGCCUUCCUCCAUGAUGCAGAAAAGCCUGUCAUAUAUCGUGAUUUCAAAACUUCAAAUAUAUUACUAGACCCGGACUAUAAUGCAAAACUUUCUGACUUUGGUUUGGCUAAAGACGGUCCUGUUGGUGAUAAAUCUCAUGUUUCUACUCGCAUAAUGGGAACAUAUGGGUAUGCAGCACCCGAGUAUAUUAUGACAGGCCAUCUAACUCCAAGAAGUGAUGUUUAUAGCUACGGUAUUGUUCUUCUUGAACUUCUAACCGGAAGAAAAUCAUUGGACAAAUCAAGACCACCCCGAGAACAGAAUCUUGCAGAUUGGGCUCUCCCUUUGCUAAAAGAAAAGAAGAAAUUGCUAGACAUUGCAGAUCCUCGACUAGGAGAUUAUCCGGUUAAGGGGUUCCACAAGGCGGCUAUGUUAGCUUACCAUUGCUUAAAUCGUAACCCCAAAGCCAGACCACUUAUGCGUGAUAUUGUAGAUACUUUGGAGCCACUGCAGGUUGAACCCGGGGUUUUGACAGAGAGAACCACAACUUUAACUCUGAUUUCGGAUAAGUAAACACUUAGAGUUUCAAGUGAAGGCGCACACUUUUUUUCAAACUAGUUUUAUUUUCCCUUCAAUAUCAAGCUUACUGUCCAUCCUUUAUGUUAAGUUUUAGCACCAUAUGUUUUGGUGUAUUAUGGUAUUUCAAAUGGGCAUUGGCAUGUUCUUGUGUAAUGUUUAUUAAUCAUGAAGUAAUUCAAUAUAUAAUGCUUCUUUUUUUUUUCUGUA